AUGAAGAUGAGCCAGCUCUGCCUCUCUGCAUCCCUUCCUGUCCUCCUGGGCACCCUGGCGGCUGGCACCCAGAGGGAUGAAACCAGCACCCCUGCCCAAGCCCCGCAGCCUGCCUUCUGCCUGGAGCCUCCCUACAUGUGUCCCUGCAGGGCCCUGUUCUUCAGGUACUUCUACAAUGCCAGCUCCAGGCUCUGCAAGACCUUUGCUUACGGCAGAUGCAGAAGGAAGCAGAACAACUUCCUGGAUAAGGAGGACUGCAUCAGCACCGGCAGUGGCUUCAACAGGCCCCAGAAGAGCAGGGCAACUGUGCUCCCCUGA